ACUUGCCCUUCCAAUUUGCAAUAAAGUGCAUUAAGUAUAGAGUAACAACCUUGUGAUCAUUGUAUACAGUUGAGUUUUCAAGGAAAAAUUCUAGACUAGAGGUUGAUUUAGGAGUGAAUAAAGUAAAAAUAGUAGAAUUGUGACCACUGGAUUUACAACUUCAUGUGCAAUUGGUUUUUCUUGGACAAUAUCAACUUAUUUUAGUAAUCUGUGACAAUGGAAGAAAACCAUGGAAAUUUUCCUGUCUGGGGACUACUGCCAAAGAAGGAAACUGGUGUCACCUCAUUCCUAAGUGAUAAUCCUGACUACAAUGGAAAAAAUGUAACCAUUGCUAUUUUUGACUCAGGGGUUGAUCCAGGAGCACCCGGAUUAAAAGAAACACCUGAUGGAAAAGUAAAAGUAAUUGAAAGAUUUGACUGCAGUGGGUGUGGUGAUGUGCAAAUGACAACAAUAGUUGAAUCAAAAGAAGGUGCAAUCACUGGUAUCAGUGGCAAAACAUUAAAGAUACCUGAAUCAUGGACGAAUCCGACCAACAAAUAUCGCGUCGGCAUCAAAAACUCUUUCGAUUUGUAUCCGGAACGUCUCAAGGAACGCAUGCAGGAGGAAAACAAGAAGAAACAAUGGGAGAAUCAACACGCAAUGGCGUCCGCAGACGCGUUGCGGCAGUUGAACGUUUUCGAAAGUAAACAUACCAACGGACACGCCCUUUCCGAGGAGGAAAAGUUAGUAAAGGAAAAUCUAGACGCAACUAUCGAGCAUCUAGCGUCUACGGAAAAGAAAUACAACGAUUGUGGACGAUUCUACGAUUGUGUAAUGUAUCACGACGGUGAAAAAUGGAUGGCGUGUGUUGACACGACAGAAAAUGGCGAUUUGAACAAUUGUAAACUGCUUGGGGAAUACAGCGUGACGCAUGAAUUUGCGCCGUUGAACGAAGCGGAUCAAUUGAAUUUUAGUAUUAACGUACACGACGAUGGGGAUGUUUUAGAAUUAGUUGGAUUGUGCUCAAGUCACGGUACUCACGUGGCAUCAAUAACCUCCGCUUAUUUUCCCGACGAUCCGGAAAAAAAUGGCGUCGCACCUGGUGCGCAAAUUGUCUCACUGACAAUCGGUGAUGGACGACUUGGAUCGAUGGAAACAGGCACCGCGAUGGUGAGAGCCAUCAUUAAAGUGAUGGAACUUAAAGAAAAACUUGGUAUUGAUGUGAUUAACAUGAGUUAUGGUGAACAUGCGCAUUGGUCUAAUGCUGGGCGAAUUGGUGAACUAAUGAAUGAGGUUGUGAAUAAAUACGGUGUUGUGUGGGUUGCAUCCGCUGGAAAUCACGGCCCUGCUUUGAGUACAAUCGGUACACCGCCAGACAUCAGCCAGGAAACUCUCAUAGGAGUCGGUGCGUACGUAAGUCCGGAUAUGAUGCUCGCUGAAUAUUCCAUGCGUGCAAAACUACCAGGUAUGCCGUAUACAUGGAGCUCCAGAGGCCCGACAAUCGACGGCGGUCUUGGCGUAACAGUCUGCGCGCCAGGUGGCGCUAUAACAUCAGUUCCAAACUUCACUUUGAGAAACUCUCAGCUUAUGAACGGCACAUCAAUGGCGUCCCCGCACGUAGCGGGCGCUGUCGGCGUGUUAAUUUCCGGUUUGAAGCAGAAAGAAAUCAAAUACUCGCCGUAUUCGAUCAAACGCGCGCUGGAAAAUGGCGCGACACGUCUCCAAGACGUUGAAUUAUUUGCCCAGGGUAACGGACUACUCAACGUCGAGAAAUCCUUCGAAUUGUUGGUGAAUCACAGUAAUGCGCCGGAACGUGACGUGCGUUUCCAUGUCACAUGCGGUGGCAACGCGAAAGGAAUCUAUAUCAGAAACAAACCGCCGAAAUCCAUCUUUGAAGGAUCCAUUACUGUCGACCCACACUUUUUAGACUCCGAAUCAAUCUCACCCAACACCAAAAUUGAUUUCAAUUUAAAACUUACACUGAAAUGCAAAGAAUCAUACGUAGAACAUCCCGCAUUCUUAGAUUUAUCGAACAUGACGCGUGUUUUCGGGAUAAAAAUCGACGUUUCGGGCCUGGAAGGCUUGAACACGACGUUUAUCGAGGCGUACGAUGUGUCUUGUUCGGCGAAGGGGCCUGUGUUCAAAGUACCCGUCACGAUUAUCAUACCGCAGGAUGUUCCCUUGAGUAACACCAUUGUUGUUCCCUCGGCGCAGUUCGAAGCGAAUACGAUUUCCAGAACGUUUGUGACUGUACCAGAAUUGGCGACGUAUGCUGUGAUCAAGAUGCGAUCACUGGAGAAAGAAUCGAUUGGGAAAUUUGUUGUGCACACGAUGCAGUUGCUACCAAAACAGUAUUGCAAAGCAAUGGAGAUUAAUAAACAUGUUACGGUUAAUUACAACGCUGAGAGUAGUCUUGCGUUUCCUGUGCAGGGAAAUAAAACACUGGAAGUUGUGAUUGCGAAGUACUGGGCGAAUAUCGGUAGCAUUGAGGUGCAAUAUUCGAUUAAUUUCUUUGGCGUGAAGCCUAAUCAAGGAAGUGUGACGAUGAUUGCUGCGGAUGGUGUCCACAACGUGCAUGUAACCACUCUCCAAGGUGAAGAUAUUCAACCUGUGGUCACUUUGAAGAAUGCCGUACAAAUUUUAAGGCCUUCCGAUGCGAAAAUUUUAUCUCUAUCAAAGCGUGAUGUGAUUCCACCCGGAAAACAAAUCUACGAGUUGCAACUGACGUACAAUUUCCACCUGAACAAAGGCACGGAAGUAUCGCCCAACUGCCCAUUGCUGAGCGACGUGCUCUACGAAUCCGAGUUCGAGAGUCAAUUAUGGAUGAUUUACGACAACAAUAAACAGUUCAUGGGCUGCGGCGACGCCUAUCCCAGCAAGUAUAAUAUAAAACUGGAGAAGGGCGAUUACGUCCUGAAGAUGCACGUGCGUCAUGAUAAGAAGGAUCAUUUGGAGAAGUUGAACGAAGCGCAGUUGUUACUCUCGCAGAAAUUGGCGAGCAGUUUGAGUUUGGAUUGUUAUUCGAACUAUUCACAAGCGCUGAUUAGCGGAAAGAAAGGAUCGCUCGCGACGUCGUUUGUUAGUAAUACGGUGUCUUUUUAUAUUGCACUGCUUGCUGCUGAUAAAUACAGUACAAAAACGAAUAACGCAGCGCAUCAUUUGUGCGGAACGAUAACUUACGCAAAAGAUGAUGUCGGUAAGCGUGUUGACACUUAUCCGAUUAAAUAUAUCCUGCCAGAAGCGUCGAAAAAGGCGACGAAACCUCAGGAAAAAGCCAAAACCAAAGCGGAGGAGUUCAAGGAAGCACUCAGGGAGUUAAAAAUUACCUGGUUGAAACAACUUGAUGCUUCCAAUGGUUCGGAAACUUUAUACAACGAAAUGCUCAAGGAGUUCCCUGAUUACCUACCCACGCACACAGCGUACCUGCAGAGUUUGGAGGUGAUGGAGUCCAAGAAACAAUUGCCCCUGCUCAAUAAGGAAGCGAUUGCCGCACAGAAGGAGGAAGACAUCAAGAAAAUCAUCACCGUGUGUGAUAAAGCCCUGGAAAACAUCUAUAACAAUUCAUUAUUGAUGUUUUUCUCCAUCAAGAAUGAUCAGCGUUGUGAUGCCGCACAAAUUAAACAAUUGAUGGAUCGUCAAAAAACGGUGUAUAUUGAUUGUCUAGCACGUAAAGGCAUAGCCAAUUGUCGUCUUUACUUGAUUAGCAGUGAAGAUCCCACUCGAAUGGAGAACAUAACCACAAUUUGGAAGAGUUUACUGCAGUUUGUCGAUCCGAACGACUCUAAAGCGUUCCAGGCAAACGCAAUGUACUUUGCGUGCUGGCACGCGACUGUGUUCAAACACUAUGGCCGCCUGUUGAAGUACCUCCAGCGUAUCAUCGAAGAAAAACCCACUCGCGACGUCGAAGAGAAGAUCAACGAGAUCUACAAGUUGCAGAAAUGGGAGCAUCUUGUCCGCUACCACGACCGGCUCAUCCUCGCCAAAUAUCCGCAUGGUUAUCGACCUUUCUAGUUCAGUGUGGAUAUUGACAUAUACACAUAGACGUAAUAGAUAAUUGUAACUAAUUUGACGAUGCAGUAAUUCUAAGUUGACGGAUUUGUGUUGGAAAGGUAAGAAAAAUGAUUAGAAGCAUCCACUUCUUUCUAUUAUUAUUAAACAUAACUUUAUAUUAGUCACUUCUUCGUUUAGUUCAUCAUUUUUGUUUUGUUUGGUUUCAUUUUAAAUACAAAAUCUUAACUUGUACAUGUAUAAUAAAAAAUAAAUCGAUUUCAAACAUG